CUGCACAUAUGGAGCAUAACCCAUAGGAGGGUAGCUAGGUGGUGACUUGAGAAUGAGAAAAGAGGAGCAGUCUUUAUGAUCACGUAUAAGAGUUCCUCCAUACUUAUCAUCGUAGUCACGUCGUUUCUUUUCUUUUUUUCUUUUUCUCUCAUCUGAUCUCUCGCUUCCCGAAAAUCUCCCAGAAUUCCACGCUUCUUGUAUCCCUCUCUGCUUUUUUGCUUUGUCCUUUGUUUUGCUCUUUUAAGUGUGGUCAACUACUGUUCGCUUCAUUACCCUUCUCAUUUCUUCUAAGCCAACACCAUAAUAAUUAUUAGGUGUUUCAGUUCCCACAUUUGUAAAUCUCUUGUCGUUAUUGUUAUUUCUGCACUCUUAACUAUACACCUUAGAACUCAUUUCUGCACUAUAUAGCAAAGGGAGAGAGCUAGCUAGCUAGAGCCUCACUCAAACCAAAGAUAGAGAGCUGCCCAUAUAUAUAUAUAUAUAAGCCACAGUUAUUUUGUAGUUUUGAAAAUGAAUGGUAGUGAUAAGAAUGAGCUUAACAUGAAUGGUGCACUCAAUCUUGAACAAUUUGUCCCUAUUAGCUCAAACGCUAAAAGCAAAAGCCCUAGUCAAACCACAACCUUUCCUUACUCUAGUUGCAUUCAUAGUUAUAGCAUCAACCUUCAUGGACUAAAUGGUAACGAACCGGAGCAAAAUAAGAGAGAAUUCAGCGAGCAGUCACUGAUGGGGAGUUCGCGGUGGAACCCAACGCCGGAGCAGCUACUAGCACUAGAAGAAAUGUACAGACGUGGAACGAAAACUCCAACAGCUGAACAAAUACAGCAAAUAGCUUCACAGCUACGUAGGUUCGGAAAGAUUGAAGGGAAGAAUGUUUUUUACUGGUUUCAAAACCACAAAGCAAGAGAAAGACAAAAACGCCGCCGUGAAAUGGAGUCAAAUUGUAAAUCAAGAAAACAUGAUCAUACUGGAAGCCUAGAUAAGAAUAAAACAGGGUUGAGAAGGACAGGUCAUGAGCUUGAGCAGAAUAGGAACUUAUUGGUUCCUCCUUCAAACUGCAGUGAUCAGCAUAUAGAGGGACCCGUUUUAAUGCGCACAGCCGCUACAGCAGAGAGCACAACAAGACAUGGGAUGUCAUAUUUUGAGGAGAUGGAAUUUUACCAGCAUAAUUGUGGCCGUUUAGAGAAGAAUUCCACGUGGCAUGCUGUCGAUUCAUACCCAUCAUUAUCUCCUAUCCAUCUUAUGAACAACAUGAGCACAAGUACAAGAUUCAUAAACCUUCAAAGGCAGAAUUCAUGGUUUAAACCCAAGAGAGUUGAGGAAGUUGAAACCCUCGAGUUAUUUCCAUUAAGCAGCAGUGGAAGUGUUAAUGGUAGCAAGAAGGACACAAAGGUACCCAUCAGAGCCAUAAAUACAAAGUUGAAUUCGAACCAGUAUUUUGAGUUUCUUCCACUGAAGAAUUGAAGGAGAAACAGUAGGUAACCCAUGUGGGUACAAUGCAGCUCUUAAUUGCUUUGCUGUGAAUGUAAGGGGGUUAAUAUAAUUCAGUUUGUUUUUAGUUGGAAAUUGAGACUGUUCUUUCUGUUCCAAUCGCUCGUAAUUCAACUGUAGGAUAAGGACAUGUAGUACUAAUGUAGUGAUACAUUGCCCUAAAAUGCAUUUGGACCAUGUUGAUCAGACCAAGGUACAUCUCUAUUAUUUUCUAUAAAGAAGAUGGCGUGGUUAUUUCU